UGCAACAGUUUCAAUGUUCCCUCAUAAGCAGGCGCCCUUUUGUUGAAGAACACUCGACCCCGGUUUGCAUAUUCGACAUAAGAUAUACUCUAUAUAAGGCGCAAUGACACGGUUAGUCAUACCAGUUCAGACACACCAUAAUCAUACAUUCAUACAUCAACAUGCUGUCAACCAUCUUCGACCAAUGCCCUACUUGGGAGUCACUAGACAUGGAGAAGAUAGGCGUUUCAGAAACGAUGAAAGCCGUCACAUACGAGGGGAAGUUGCUCCUCGUACGAACCAGAUUGGAAUUGCGGAACUCGUACAAUAUCGUGCGUCAGUCAUCAGUGGAGCGGGUCCGCUGUCGCCACCCCCAGCGCAGCGUGCAAAGUGCAAAUCAGCGUCAUAUCCACGUCCGGUCACAACUCAUCACCACCGGAUGCCUGCGUUGCUAUUCCUGGGUGUCUCUCGUGCAAGUUACAUAUCUACCAGGUUUAUUUACCCUGUCGACGGUCACACCCGAUCCGCCCAUACUGCCUUUACUUUUUGGGGACCUGGCCUCCGGAAUCGCACACCUCGGAGCACUUGGGACCCACCUCCCACCCCCUUGGAUAUUGGGCAUAUCAUAUCUGGCUGUCCAACGUGCGCUCUCUCACAACAGUGCGUCACGUCUAGGUUCUCAAAUUCGACGCUCGCCCUCAUCAAGGCCCAGGGUGUCGCAGCUUUCAGCCACCAGCCGCCUUCGCCCUUCCCAACUUUUAUCACCACUGCUGCUUUAGAAAAACUACUUCACAGUACGUAGUAUAGACAGAUAGACAGAAUAUCAUAGACCGCCUCAACUCCAACUCCAAGUUCC